AUCGCCAUUAUCUCCCUGCUUCGGUGACAAAAUAGCGCGUUUACACCUUCUACGUGAGGUGUUUACAGGUGGUGACAUGAGCGAUCAUUAUCAAUUCACACACCUCUUGCUUUAGAAAUUUUCAUAGAAAAUAUUUAAUAUUGUGAUGACGGAUAUUAAUGAAGUAAAUGAAGAUGAAAAUGUUGAUGUUGCUGAGAAACAAUAUAGUUCAGCAAACUCUGAAAAAUGCUGGCGAAAUCUUGUUGGAUUCUGGUUGUUAGGCUUAUGUAAUAAUUAUCCCUAUGUUAUUAUGUUGAGUGCUGCUUUUGAUCUUCUUCAUUCAGAUUAUCAUGAAGAUCCGAAUCCAUCAAACUCAAGUUGUCCACGGAACGAUUCUAUGUGCAACUCAGUUUCUACUGGUGCUAUAUUGCUUGCUGAUAUAAUACCCUCACUUCUUAUCAAGGUUGUGGCACCUUUCAUUGCUAUAAAUACACAUGCACGAGUUAUGAUUGCUGUUACAUUAUGUGCCAUGAGUUUUAUAAUAACAUCUUUUUCUGUUAGCCAUUGGAUGACGUUUCUAGGUGUUAUAUGUGCUGCUCUAUCCAGUGGACUAGGAGAAGUUACAUUUUUAUCUUAUUCAUCAUUUUUUGAUAAGAAUGUUGUUUCUACAUGGGCAUCUGGAACAGGUGGUGCUGGUGUAAUUGGUGCUUUAUCAUAUGCAAGUUUAAAAGCAUUUUUUGAUACUAGGCCAACUCUUCAAAUCAUGCUUGUAAUGCCUGUGAUUACUGCUCUAACGUUUUGGAUCUUAAUUAGACAUCCACAAUCGAAAAGGCUUAACUGCCGAGAGUUGUGUAGAUGUAGUGCUGAAGCAAAGCCUAUUCUAGAAGGAGAAAUAGACAUGGCUACAAAAGAGUAUGUUCGAAAACCGAGCUCUUACACUUUGAAGGAAAAAAUAAGCCUUACAAAGCCUCUUUUAAAAUACAUGUUACCUUUAGGUCUGGUAUAUUUUGCUGAAUAUUUUAUCAAUCAAGGCUUGAUGGAGCUCUUGUACUUCAAAAAUGCCAGUAAUUGGUUAUGUCAUAAAGUUCAAUAUAGAUGGUAUCAAGUAGAUUAUCAAGUUGGAGUCCUCAUCUCUCGUUCAUCUGUAAACAUUUUAAAAGUGAACAAACUUUGGAUUCUUCCUAUUUUGCAGUUCAUAAAUGUCAUUUUCUUGCUGUUUAAUGUUUACUAUGCAUUCUUGCCAAAUAUCUGGAUUGUUUUUGCUAUAAUAUUUUACGAAGGUCUUCUUGGAGGAUGUUCAUAUGUCAAUACAUUUUACAAGAUUACUGUUGAGGUUGCUGAAAAGGAUCGUGAAUUUUCUAUGGGAGUGGCAUCUGUUGGAGAUUCUGUUGGAAUAGCAUUGGCUGGAAUUGUAUCUCUGCCAGUUCAUGAAGUUUUAUGUAAAUUACCUGCAUAUAUGUAAUGUUUUUUUAUUCAAAUUGUGUAUUUUUUAUAACCUGAUUACACAAAAUUUAUAAUAAAAUCUGUAGCUACUUUUUUUCAUCUAUGAAGCGAAAUAGUUUCCAAAAUCUUUCGAAAAUGUCUUUAAAUAAACUCUGUAAAGUUGCAACCAAAUCUAUCCAUGUGGUUGCAAAAAUAAACGAAAUAAUUUCUAA